GAUAUGUGUUGCAGAUAUCUAUAUUUCAGUUUUGCCUCGUCAAAAAGAACAUUUCAGAUAUCCGCAACUACAUUCUUCCUAUCCAUAAUUGUCAUUUUAGAUAUCCACAAAGACAUUCUUCCCAGAACAAAUUACAUCACUUUUGCCAUUCAUUUGUAUGGGGUUUAUCAUUACAGAUAUCUACAAUUCAGUUGCAGAUAUCCACUAUGUAAAUUACAGAUAUCUGUAAUUGAAUUGUAGAUAUCUGUAAUUCCAGUUUAAGAUAUCUAAAAUUUGAUUCUGACUAGUCAUAACUCCAGUUCAAGAUAUCUUUAAUUCAACUCAAUUCAAGAUAUCUACAUGUUCCUUUUCAGAUAUCUUAAAUUAAGUUUCGACUAGGCGAAAUGACGUUGUAGAUAUCUGUAACUGGAAUUAUGACUAGUCAAAAUGACGUUGUAGAUAUCUCAAACUGGAAAUACGGAUAGUCAUAAUUUAAUUGUAGAUAUCUUUUAUCAAGUUAUAGAUAUCUUGAAAGGAAUUUUGAUUAGAGAUAUCUGAAAUUUGAGAUAUCUGUAACUUUCAUUCCGCCUAGUCAAAAUAUAAUGACAGAUAUCUUGAAUUAAAGUUUCGACUAGGCGAAAUGACGUUGCAGAUAUCUGUAUGCAAAUUAGGCAUCGCUCUUUAGGCGGGAGCAGAGCGUGAUGACGUUGUUCUAAUCAUUCAAAUCGCACCUGUUAACUGUUAACUUGUAAUUAGCACUGAUUAGCACCAUGUUGGACCAGCCAGAGGGCGAAGGAAUUUUUAAUCGUCUUUUUAAUGCUGCAGCCCGUGCAAGACAGGAACUGGCAGCGAGAAAUGAUGAUUCAACCUUACUUUCCACAACAAGACGACUAUUUCGCCGGCGAGUUCAUCGAGUUCGGGGAGGAUCUGGUGGCCGCAGGGAAAACCCUAUUUGGCAAACAAGACUUUUCCUCCUUCCGGGGCCAGAUAAUGGUUUUCUGCCCCCCACAAUAGAACUUGAGGAACUGGCUAAACAUGGAUUAGGAAAACCUGUGCAUGAGUCAACGGAGGCCGGACGCACAAACUCAAAGAUUGGGUUAAACUGGAGUUUAGCUGAAUUGAACAACUUUGUUUGCCAAAGCUACCCUCGCAUUAGUUUAAAUUUGGUAGGCUUUGAAUUGGCAAGGACAGGCAAAGGACGCAAGAUCCAGAAAUUGCAAGUUAGUUCUGUGAAGGAACUAAAAGCAGUUGUUGGCAAAAGCAGGCUUUACAUCGUGCCACGAGCCACUGUCUUGCAGGUAACAUCACCACCCUCUGCCAUGUCCCAGAAUUCACUCGCUGCUCCAGCAGUAGAUCAGACCUCACAAGUGGUUUCAGAUCAGGUGGCAUCCACAUCUUCUGCCGUAUCCAUGAAUUCAUUCCCACCACUCUCAAUUGCUCCAGUACAAGAUGAGACUGUGGCUGAGAGUACCCAAGCUCAAAGUGUGGUUGCAAAUCAGGCUCUUCAAGAAUGGCGAGCAAUACGUGCCCAGCAAGACCAGGAGUAUAAUAGAAGUUUGUUGGUCGAUCAGGAGAAGGAGAGGAAGAAACUAGCCUAUCAGGCCUGUGAGGAAAGGCGUCAAAAGGCUAUUCAGGCAAGACGUCAGCGAAUGUCUGCAUGUGAGGAACCCUCAGAAGGGGUAUUGAUCAAAUUUAAAUAUCCAAAUGGACACAUCAAUAUGAGGAAAUUCAUUUUGUCAGAGCCAAUCCAGAUCUUGUUUGACUUUGUGGGACAAGAUGAUAUUGCCAGUGAAAUCUUUGUGGUGCAAGAAGCGGCAUCAUCAAGAUCAGUGAAGAGCAGUUCCUCCGGGUCAAUAAUGAAUCAUGGCAUAAAAGCAUCGACAACUCUAUAUGUGCUUUGGUUUUCAAAUAUGGAUGUACAGAACAUUCUCUCGGAUCAACAAAAUGAUGGAGCUUAUGCCCUGCACCACACAUCUCAUGGUCAGUCAUCACUGCCUGAGCCCUCCACCCAGCCAAGUCUGCCUGAGCCCUCCACCCGCUCGCUGCUGCCUGAGCCCUCCACCCGCUCGCUGCUGCCUGAGCCCUCCACCCGCUCGCUGCUGCCUGAGCCCUCCACCCGCUCGCUGCUGCCUGAGCCCUCCACCCGCUCGCUGCUGCCUGAGCCCUCCACCCGCUCGCUGCUGCCUGAGCCCUCCACCCGCUCGCUGCUGCCUGAGCCCUCCACCCGCUCGCUGCUGCCUGAGCCCUCCACCCGCUCGCUGCUGCCUGAGCCCUCCACCCGCUCGCUGCUGCCUGAGCCCUCCACCCGCUCGCUGCUGCCUGAGCCCUCCACCCGCUCGCUGCUGCCUGAGCCCUCCACCCGCUCGCUGCUGCCUGAGCCCUCCACCCAGCCAAGUCUCUCUGUGCGCUCUUUCCAGCCACCGCUGCCUGAGCCCUCCACCCGCUCGCUGCUGCCUGAGCCCUCCACCCAGCCAAGUCUCUCUGUGCUCUCUUUCCAGCCACCGCUGCCUGAGCCCUCCACCCAGCCACCGCUGCCUGAGCCCUCCAACCAGCCAAGUCUCUCUCUGCUCUCUUUCCAGCCACCGCUGCCUGAGCCCUCCACCCGCUCGCUGCUGCCUGAGCCCUCCACCCAGCCAAGUCUCUCUGUGCUCUCUUUCCAGCCACCGCUGCCUGAGCCCUCCACCCGCUCGCUGCUGCCUGAGCCCUCCACCCGCUCGCUGCUGCCUGAGCCCUCCACCCAGCCAAGUCUCUCUCUGCACUCUUUCCAGCCACCGCUGCCUGAGCCCUCCACCCGCUCGCUGCUGCCUGAGCCCUCCACCCAGCCAAGUCUCUCUGUGCGCUCUUUCCAGCCACCGCUGCCUGAGCCCUCCACCCGCUCGCUGCCUGAGCCCUCCAACCAGCCAAGUCUCUCUCUGCUCUCUUUCCAGCCACCGCUGCCUGAGCCCUCCACCCGCUCGCUGCUGCCUGAGCCCUCCAACCAGCCAAGUCUCUCUCUGCUCUCUUUCCAGCCACCGCUGCCUGAGCCCUCCACCCACUUGCUUCUGCCUGAGCCCUCCAACCAGCCACCGCUCACUCUGUUCUCACAACCAGAAGAAAUCCUUACUCUUUAUGAUGAACCAGCACUCUCUCCAUCUGCCCAAGAACCAAUCAUUCUUGAUGAACAAGAGAUGGUGUCAGGGAUUGAUCUACAGACCAUAUUGAAAAAAAUGGUCAGCAAAGUUAAUAGAAGCUUCUGUCCAACAAGCAACCAAAUAAAUGUGUGCAGGGAUAAUGUUUUACUGUGUAGUCUGCGGGCGUUCAAGCGCAAGUUCUUCAACCCUGAAGCGAAAUUGGAUGUUGUGUUUGUGGAUGAAGAUGACAAUGGUGAAGGGGCGGUUGACGAAGGCGGCCCAACAAGAGAGUACCUAAGACUGUUGAUGAGGGCUGUCCACCAGUCAAUUAUCUUUGAGGGACAUGAGAAAGACCGGCAGUUGUCUCUUGAUACUCGAGCUUUGCAGACUAAACUUUACAUGUGGGUGGCAAAAAUGAUUGCUGUGUGUGUGGUCCAUGGAGGAAUCGGUCCACAUUUCUUUUCUGAAAGGCUUUUUCAUCAAAUCUGUGGCAUACCAACACACCCGGCCACGGUGGAUGAAGUUGGUGACCAUACUUUCAGGGAACAGUUAAUAAAAAUAAAGGAAACGACAACAGUCCAAGAGGCAAACAGUGCAAUUGCAGAGGCAGCAGAUAGUCUCAGCAUUAUAGGUGCCUUAAGACAUGUGUCCAGCCUGAAGGAGAAGGACUCCCUUGUCCAGUCAGCUGCAGACUUCUUUGUCAAUGGAAGAUUGGCGACUGCCCUGGACCAGUUUGUUGAGGGGUUAAAAACGCUUGGUUUACUGGAGGAGCUGAGGAAGAAUCCGGUAGUGUUCUACAACAUGUUUGUCAGUGAGGAGAUUCCACUACAGGCGAAGGACCUAUGCACUUUAUUUGAAGUGGACUUCUCUGUGCAGGGCAGCAACAGGAGAGACCGAGAAAACAUGACAAUAUGCUUUUGGCGUGACUGGUUAAUUGAUAUUGAAGAAGGAGAAUGCAGUCCAGUCACCCUAGAGAAGGUAUUGGAGUUUACAUCUGGAGCUUCUACAGUGCCUGUACUGGGAUUUCCACACCGUCCACAAAUUCAGUUCCUUCAUGAGGCCAACAGAAUCUUCCCAGAAGCAAAUACUUGUAUUCUUGUACUCCGCCUGCCGCUGCACUCUUCCUAUGAAGCCUUCAAACAAUACAUGAUGGAGGGAAUUUUGCAAGCUCCAACCUUUGGACUUGCAUGAUGUCACUGUGUAUAAAACUUAUUAAAGGGAUAGUUAACCCCCCCCCCCCC